AUGAGUUCAAUUCCUCAGAGAGGGCAAUUACCCCAUUCUUCUUAUGGUAAUUGGGAACACAUUGGAGGAACUGCUACAAAAUUUAACUGGAACACCGAGAUUCAAGGUCUUACUAUAGGACUACAAUUUUUUGGUAUGAUAUGCGGUUACAUACCAGGAGGACGUUUAGGGGAACUGUAUGGCGUCAAGAGGACAAUGAUCUGUACUAUACUUGUAGGGUCCCUUUUCACAAUCUUGUCUCCAAUAGCUGCUGAAGUUUCUGUGUAUUUCUUUAUGUUCGUCAGAAUUAUGGUUGGAUUAGGAGCGGCUCCUGUUUUUCCUCUCCUGGUGAUCAUGAUUUCUAAGUGGAUUCCGAGCUCAGAGCAAAAUUUUAUUGCGUCUAUCAUGCUGGCUGGCUAUGGAACGGGGGCUUUCGUCUCUUAUCUAGUUUCUGGUGUGUUGUGCUCAUCAGAAUUUCUUGGUGGAUGGCCAUCAGUUUUCUAUUUAAGUGGUAUCGCUGGAGUUGUUUGGUGUCUUUUGUGUUUCCUUUGUGUAUUUGAAUCGCCUGAUCUUCAUCCCACGAUAUCGCAUAAUGAGCUGGAAUAUCUACGGAAAAAUAUUGGAUCACCUGUCAAAGAAAUGAAAAAUAUUCCUUGGAAGUCGAUGAUAACUUCCAUUUCUGUUUGGACACUUGCAGUGGGCACUUUUGGUCAAUAUUGGCUUUUAGCUUUCUUCGUAACUUCUCAUUCGAUGUACUUAGGUACAGUUUUAAAUUUAGACAGCCCUCAGAAUGGUUUAUUAUCGUGUGUCCCAAAUUUACUCCGAGCGCUUUUCGCAUGCUUUGUGGGUAGUAUCAUAGACUGGGCAAGAAGAAGGAGAGAUAUACCGAUUGUGUAUGUCAGGAAAGGAGCAACCCUUGUCAAUUCCAUUACGGCUUGCUUGGGAUUUACUGGAGUUUUAUUUGCUGGCUGUGAUGCUAUGCUUAAUACAGUAGCUUUUAUUCUUGGCGGUCUUUGUGGGGAUUUCGCAAUAUUUGGCGUCUCUUUGGUACCCACAGAUAUCGCGCCAAGCUUAGGAGGAACGCUAUCUGGAAUUCUAUGCUUUUUUGGCAGCACACCUUACUUCGUACUUCCUUAUAUGAUUGGGAUGUUUACUAAGAAAGAACAAUCACUAAGGCAAUGGAGAUACAUUUAUUACUGCACAAUUGGAGUGACAGUUGUAACAACAUUAAUCUACGUCAUUUUUGGAACAUCCGAUCCGCAGCCAUGGGCCACAGAGGAUGAAGGAGUUUCUUCAAAGCAAAAGGAAUCUCAAGAAAGAAACGAACAAACCUUAUCUAAAUCGAACACAAACUGCAAUACCUUGGAAUAUCAGAAUAAUGGAUUUAGCAACCACAUGUGA